AUGUCGUACGAUCUCGCAUCGGCUGAACGAGCCGCCUAUGCUCCCUUCUUCGGCUACAUGGGAGCAGCUUCGGCGCAGAUCUUCACCGUGCUCGGCGCAGCAUACGGCACCGCCAAGUCGGCCGUAGGCAUCUCAUCGAUGGGCGUGAUGAGGCCCGAGCUGAUCAUGAAGUCCGUCAUCCCCGUCAUUAUGGCUGGUAUCAUCGGUAUCUACGGUCUCGUCGUGGCGAUGGUGUUGAAGGGCAAAGUUCAAGCGUCGUCAGAAGGAUACAACCUCAACAAAGGCUUCGCCCAUCUCGCCGCCGGCUUGACGUGUGGACUGUGCGGUCUCGGCGCCGGCUACGCAAUUGGCAUCGUCGGAGACGCUGGCGUGCGCGGAACUGCCCAACAGCCCCGCCUGUUCGUCGGAAUGAUUUUGAUUCUCAUCUUCUCCGAAGUGCUUGGUCUCUAUGGUAUGAUUGUUGCCCUUAUCCUUGGAACCUCC